AAAACAAAAAUAACAACACGCUGCCGGUGUGUUAUAAUCGAAAAAGUUUAAUCCAAAAUUAUUUAAUAAAAUAAAUAAAAAAUGUUACAAAUAUUAAGAAAAACCUUACAAAAUACAAAUAUUCGACGUUAUGCGGCCACCCAGGCUAAACUUCAAACUAAAAAUACCCCCACAAAGCAGAAAAAAACAGAACAAGUACCCGCCCUCAUACAAUGUAAACGCAGCUCCUUCAAUUUGUAUAAACCUUUAGAGGCUCAUUGCAAAUUUGGCACACAAUCUCUAGCCUCUACGGGGUGGUUAAGUAAUAAAGCUAAAGGUGAUUGGUUUCAAAUUAACGCAACCGUCAGUGAACAAGAAAAAGCAAAAGAAAUGGUCGAUAUACAAGAAUUUUUACAAACAUCAAGAUUAAGGUUUGACGAGACCCUGCUGCAUAAUUUAAAAACCGAAUUGGAGGUAAAAACCUUAACGAACAUACAAUGUAAAGGAUGGCCACAACUUAGUGAAAAUCAUCAUACCUUAAUAGCGGCCGAAACCGGUUGUGGCAAGACAAUUUGUUAUCUUCUGCCUAUAAUACAAAAGAUUAUGGAACGUAAGGCGCUAAGUGAAAAUCAGCGUAAACUUAAUUCCCCUUUAGCCAUAGUACUAACACCUAGUCGUGAGCUGGCUUCACAAAUUGGUGGUGUUAUAGAGAAAUUGACACGUAAUUUGCAAGUGCAAGCUAAAACCAUUUUAGGAGGUAACACUAAACAUUUAAUGUUAAAUCCAGAUUUUGAAGAUGUAGAUAUUGUGGUGGCAUCAGUGGGAGCUAUGAGCAAAUUGGUAACUACCGGCAUUUAUAGAAUGGAUCAUGUAAGGCAUGUGGUGUUAGAUGAGGCAGAUACUUUGCUGGAUGAUAGCUUUUCCGAUAAGCUGGUACAUUUUAUGAAAAGAUUUCCGUUCCAUAAAAAUCUCUCCCAAAAACCCGAUGAUAUUGGCACCCAACUUGUUUUAGCUUCUGCUACUAUGCCAACCAAUAUUGACGAACUGUUGCACAAAGUAAUCGAUAUACAAACUAUUCAAGAAGUGGUUAGUCCUCAUCUACACAAACUAAUGCCUCAUGUUGAUCAACGCUUUUUGCGUGUCAACAAGUCAGACCGUCCUGCCCAUCUUUUGUCUAUUGUUAAAAAGGAAUUAUCUCUAAGACGUCCCGUCAUAAUAUUCUCCAAUAAAACACCCACCUGUGAUUAUGUUUCGAUCUUCCUAAACAAUAGUGGUAUCAAUUGUCUCAAUCUCAAUGGUGAUAUGUUAAUGAAAAUACGUUUGGGACGUUUUGAACAAUUUCAAAAUGCCGAAUGUGAUGUACUGUCCACAACUGAUAUAGGAAGUCGUGGUUUGGAUACUACACGAGCCAGACAUGUUAUAAAUUUUGAUUUCCCCUUACACGUCUCUGAUUAUAUACAUCGUGCUGGUCGUAUAGGACGUGUGGGUAAUAUGGAGAAAUGUUUGGUAACAAAUCUUAUUUCGUCUAGAAGAGAAAUUGAUGUUGUGCAACGUAUUGAACAUGCUGCCAGAUGUGGAGGUUUAUUGCCCGAUGUUAAUGCUAAUAUUAAGAAUAUUAUUAAUAAGAAAAUAAUGAAGGAUAUGAAAGAGGCGGGUGUGGAAAUGCCACAACAUUUAAAUGAAGAAGUAUUUUGAUUAAGAUAAUUAUGAUAGUUAUGUUGUAUUGUUAAAUAUACUUAAAUAUUGUUAAAUAAAAAACUUAAAUUUUUAUUAAAAAAUUAUUAA